AUGGAAGAGGUGGCAGAUGCUUCCGAAAUGCAACCGAAUGUGCUUUUAUUUGGGCGUACCGUCAAUAAGGGCCUUCUUGGCGGCUGUAGUCCUCAACUGAAAUCACACAAAUCGGCUAAGCAAAGUAAAUUUGCGCACGGACCUUCCUAUUCUGAUCCACAUUUUGUGAUUGCCAUUUUCCAGAGCAUGCUUCUCCUACAACUUUCCUCUCUUCAGCGUCUGCUAAAACUUGCCGACGGCGUAACCGUUCUGGAAAGUCAUGUGAAAAAUACAUGGCUGCAGUAUGUGAAGGCCUUGGAGGAAAAUUCCUUUUUUUGCUGUGAUCAGAAGCUCGAAGAGAUGAAACAAGUUAGGAGGGCCGUUUUUUUUUCAACUCAAAUUCUUCCUGCGAUUCUUCUUUUUGGAUGCUGGAAAUUGCAAGUUAUACAUGCAGCACUUUUGCUUGUCGAAAUUCUAUCGUUUGAAAAUGCGCUAGAAAAAUAUAACCGCGACUUUACUGUACCAUCAAUCAAAGCGGCCAUCCCGCUCAUUAGUGCAAUUCGCCUCCUGUAUGAUGUGCAUAUGUCUAUCUAUACAAAGCCUUUGGUAUCGCGCUCCAAGGUCAACUUGAAGCAGGAAAUUAGCGGGGACCCAUCUUUAGUAUCGCUAUCGGAUGCUCUUCCCCCGUUUUCGGCUUUAAAGGAACAAUGGUAUCUCAACAGCAAAAAGGACAUUUUGCUUCCGGAAUAUAUGUUCUCCAUUGCCAAUGUAGACCAAUUAAAUGGAUUUGUACAAGCAAUCUCCUCAACUGCAUCCGUGCUGCAGCCCCUUCAAGUGGCGAAUGAGAUUAACAUCCCACCUCUUCCUUUUGAAAAUAGUGCAGAGGCAACGAUUGGGGAAAAAUUUCCAACUUUCAAUGUUCCAUCGAUCGGAGAAUUUCCGGAACAUCCUAAUGCCUUGCUAACGUUGAGUCAAAAAAAUUUCAACGAUACUCAAAAUGAUCAGAACAUUUCAAUUUCAUGGCAAAAAACCGUUGACUACAGCUCUUGGAGGCAUGGGCGGCACUAUCCGUUAAUCCCGGGUCUUUAUAAGAGGGGAGACUCCGAAACAUAUGGUGCAGACACCAUAUUCCAAAGCUGUGACUUUGAUGCUCUAUUACAAGCGGCAUCUGCGGCAAUUGGAUUUUCGAAAUCUGAACUUAUGUAUCACUUGUCCAUCUUUGAUAGAACCUAUCUGCGUCAAAUUUCCAAAUCAAACAUUUUCCGUAGAUUCCUUGUCUAA